UUACUCUAACCCCACCACUGCGGACGCCACCUUCCUCAGUUGUCCACUCUUGCUCGUAUUACAUCCAAAUCCUCACGCUACCCAUGACCAUGAAUGAUUAAACCUAAACAUAUCUCGACCGUCCCGUUAAUCUUUGAUUUAAGUUGAUUCCAUUAGUGUUGCUUGAAAUCUUCUAUCAUUAGUUGGCUGAUCGUUGAGCAAAAUCCCAACUCUAAAUCUCGUUAACCUUAAAAUCCCGACACAAAUUCUACACUCUUCCGCCCCCACAUCUCCAAGACAAAUGGUACCGACAAUAUUUAAAAUUCCUGAUUCAUCGCUGCUUUAAACUAAUCUCGAAUCUUUCUCCAGAUUUAGCCAAUAAAUCUUUUAUUAUUUGACGGUUGCUGAUGGGGUUUGCAUUAAUGAAUUCUUCCGUUUCGAAAAAGCUUUCCGGGUCCUCGUUUGCCAAAGUUGAAAUCUCGAAAAGUUUCUGAUCGGAAUUCUCUUACUUGUUGUUUCCGUUUUAGUUUUGCGAGGAAAAAAAAAAAACAAAAAAGCAUAUUAAGAUGAAUGUAGCCAAGUCUCAGGUGUGGCAGCCUUGCAAGAAGAAGAGGCUUUAGGGGUUCAGGAUUCAAGAAAGAGGAAAGGAGAGACUCAAGAAAAGAUGAGAUGGAUGGGAUUUGUAUUGCCAAGUGACUGAGGAUCAGUGCAAAAAGGGGAGUUUGUAUCGAUACGUUGAUUUAUAGAUACAGACGGAUAAAGGGUCUUACAUAUGGUUAUGGCAUCAAAAUCAAGUGGUGCUGGGGGGAGUGGAGGUGGGAGUAGCAGUGGGAGGACACGGGUAGGAAGAUAUGAAUUGGGGAGGACGCUGGGGGAAGGAACUUUUGCUAAAGUGAAGUUUGCAAGGAAUGUAGAGACAGGCGAGAAUGUGGCUAUCAAGAUUCUUGAUAAAGAGAAGGUUCUCAAGCACAAGAUGAUAGGACAGAUUAAGCGCGAAAUAUCAACCAUGAAAUUGAUAAGGCAUCCAAAUGUCAUUCGCAUGUAUGAGGUCAUGGCCAGCAAGACAAAGAUUUAUAUUGUUAUGGAAUUUGUCACUGGUGGUGAACUCUUUGACAAAAUUGCCACUAAGGGGAGACUAAAAGAAGAUGAAGCCAGAAAAUAUUUUCAGCAGCUCAUCAAUGCUGUAGAUUACUGCCACAGCAGAGGUGUUUAUCACAGGGACCUUAAGCCAGAGAACUUGCUGCUUGAUGCUAAUGAGGUUCUUAAAGUCUCAGAUUUUGGAUUGAGUGCUCUACCUCAACAAGUUCGGGAAGAUGGCUUACUUCACACAACAUGUGGAACACCAAAUUAUGUUGCUCCCGAGGUGAUCAACAAUAAGGGUUAUGAUGGAGCUAAGGCAGAUCUUUGGUCAUGUGGUGUUAUUCUUUUUGUCCUUAUGGCUGGUUUUUUGCCUUUUGAGGAAUCAAAUCUUAUGGCAUUGUAUAAAAAGAUAUUUAAGGCUGAUUUUUCAUGUCCUGCAUGGUUUUCGUCAAGUGCAAAGAAAUUGAUCAAAAGAAUUCUGGAUCCAAAUCCAUCAACGCGCAUCACAAUUGCAGAGAUUCUUGAGAAUGAAUGGUUCAAGAAAGGAUACAGGUCACCUGUUUUUGAACACGAGGAUGUUACCCUUGAUGACAUUAAUGCUAUUUUUAAUGAAUCAGCGGAAUCUCCAAACCUUGUUGUAGAGAGGCGGGAGGAACGACCGCCUACACCACUGACCAUGAAUGCGUUUGAGCUUAUCUCUAAGUCACAGGGUCUCAAUCUCAAUUCUCUCUUUGAAAAGCAAAUGGGACUUGUUAAGCGAGAAACAAGAUUUACAUCCAAAUGUCCAGCAAAUGAGAUCAUAUCAAAAAUUGAGCAAGCUGCUGCACCUAUGGGGUUUGACGUGAAGAAAAACAACUACAAGAUGAAACUUCAUGGUGAGAAGUCGGGGCGCAAGGGUCACCUAUCAAUUGCAACAGAGAUCUUUGAAGUGGCUCCUUCACUUCACAUGGUUGAGCUUCGUAAGACUGGAGGAGAUACAUUAGAAUUUCACAAGUUUUACAAGAACCUCUCAACUGGGUUGAAAGAUGUUGUUUGGAAAACAGGCGACGAAGUGGAAGCCAGUAAUGUGUCAGGUAUCUCGUCGUCUUGAUCGUGGUAGUUACAACGGUUGCUUCAAGUUGUUCUACUUAUGUUGUCGUCAGUCAUUUGACCUGUAUCAUUAGACAAAUGCACAAGCAAACCCCUGAUUUAUUUGGACUGUAAAACUUUUUAUAAAAUUAGAAAAAUACUUGUGUUUUGCUUUCAUAAGUGAGCAAGGAUCAAACUGAUGUUUCUG